UAAAUACUGGCAGCCACAGCUUCACUCCAUACCACCUCUUCCCAUCGAGCCCUCUGCAACUCCUCUCUCUCCAGCCUCACCCAGACCCCAGCUCGCCUCCAGCCAUGAGGUUCCUCUACCUCGUCUUCGCUGCCUUCCUGCUGGUCUCCCUGGCCGCUCCAGGCUGUGGGGAGAUCCUCAAGUACUGCCCCAAGGUCGGCCACUGCUCCCCCAAGUGCUCCACGAUGGAGAUCUGGGGCCGCUCCCUCAACUGCAAGAUGCACUGCUGCCUGCCCGCCGGCUGGAAGUGGAAGUGAGGGCUGAGGAGGAGCCCCUGGGGAAGAGGAGGCACCGCGGCACCUUUGGGAGCAGCUGCUCCGUGCUCUGAGCCACGUGGCAUCCUCUCCUCUCAAUAAAGAAAAGGAGGAAAAAAAAAAAGAUGGAA